AUGAGUGAAUCCGGAGGAGAUCCAUUCAUCUCAAUGAUCUCCAUCUCCAACCAUGAUGGAUCACUGCUGGAUCCCUGGCUGGCCAAUCAUAAAUCACCCCGCAAUCCUCAGCCAACCAAAGCUUCUCGGUGAGGUUCAUUAGGUGAGUUAGUGCAACUCCAGAGCGCUCAACUCAAAAACUACCACCACGCAAAUAUGUUUGUUGUGUGUUUUUAGCUGUGCUGGCCUGGAGUUUUCAGGAGGAGAGGUAAAGUGCUUUUGAACAGACUGGACUUCCACACUCAGCCAUCAAUCAGAGAAACAGAGGGAUAAAAAAGAGAGAGGGAGCCAAACGCUGCGAAAUGAAAAGGAGACAGAGAAAGAGAUCUAUGGGAGGCACAAACAUUAACAGCUCUGUAUUAAUCUCACUUUUCUGCCCAAAAUGCCAGCAACCCCCUUCAAGGUCAUCCUCCAAUCACGCCUCGGACAGCCCCAGCACUCCCAUCGGAACAGGACUCAACAAAUCGGCGAGACUUUGCAGGCAGCACUCAUCUCUGUCCCCGUACUCCCCCCCCCCCACCCGCCUACCCUGCACACGUCCCAGUGUCCAUUACAGGGACAAAGUGGACAGUCGCGAGCAGAGUGUCUGA